GUCCAGGGACACGGGACCGGAAGAGGCGCAGAAGAAAAAAGAAACAAGAUGGCAACGGGUUCCGAACACGGACUGAAAAAAUUAGUUUGGAAAAGAAUAAAAGAAACAAUUAUUACAGACUGCAGAAAGUCUGAAGUAUGGAAGAUAUUAAUUCUGGACCCGUUCACCACCAAACUCCUGUCAUCAUGCUGCAAAAUGUCAGAUCUGAUGUCAGAGAAAAUAACAAUUGUGGAGGAUCUUUACAAAAGCCGAGAGCCUGUUCUAGAAAUGAAGGCCAUCUACUUCAUGUCACCAACAUCUAAGUGUGUGGAUGCCUUCAUCGCUGACUUUAAGCCUAAACCCAAGUACAAAGCAGCAUAUGUUUAUUUUACAGACUACUGCCCUGAUGAGCUGUUCAACAAAAUGAAGCUGUAUUGUGCAAAGUACAUACGAGUCUGUAAAGAAAUAAACAUGUCCUUUAUGCCACAAGAGGCACAAGUCUUCACAUGUGAUAAUCCAGGAGCCUUCAAGAGCAUCUACAGCCCCAACAGUCCGGAUAAAAAGGCAACGAUGGAUACACUCGCAGAUCAGCUCGUCACCCUAUGUGCCACGUUGGACGAGUAUCCAGGGGUCCGAUACAAGAAAGACAGCAACAUGGAGAAUGCCAAGAUCCUUGCAGAGCUGGUGGACGCCAAGCUGGCCAAGCACUACGAGAUGGACGACAGCGGAAAGAAAAAGGGAAAGACCCAGGCCCAGCUGUUGAUAGUUGAACGAGGCUUUGACCCCGUCAGCCCCAUUCUGCAUGAGCUGACCUACCAGGCCAUGGCCUACGACCUAAUCGAUGUCCAGAACGACACCUACAAGUACAAGUCUAAAGAUGGUUCAGAGAAACAGGCUCAGCUGAAUGAAGAUGAUAUGCUCUGGGUCAAACUGAGGCACAAGCACAUUGCAGAGGUUUCAGAACAAAUCCCAAAGAUGGUCAAGGAAAUAUCUGCCAGCAAGAAACAGCCAGAUGGAAAGAUCACUAUUAGCAAUUUGGCCCAAAUGAUGAAGAAGAUGCCUUCCUUCCGCAAACAGCUGACUGAGAAAACAGUUCAUCUGCAGUUGGCCGAGGACUGUAUGCAACAUUUCUCCAACAACGUGGAGAGACUCUGCAAAGCUGAGCAGGACCUUGCUGUGGGGUCUGAUGUGGAGGGAGUGAAGGUGAAAGACCCGAUGAGGACACUGCUUCCUGUGCUGCUCCACCCAUACAGCACCUAUGACAAGAUCAGAGCGGUGUUACUGUACAUUUUCAGCCUUAAUGGAACAACAGAUGAAAAUUUAAGCAAACUCAUCCAACAUGUAAAGAUUGAGGAUGACCGAGAGUUUAUUCUGAACUGGAAAGAACUGGGGGUCCCUAUAAUCACUUCGCCCAGUUUCUUCUCUCGUAAACCGACCAGACGGGAUCGUUCCCAGGAACAGACCUACAACCUGUCCAGGUGGACUCCUGUCAUAAAAGAUGUUAUGGAGGAUGCCGUAGAGAACAAACUGGACACCAGAGAAUGGCCACAUCAGUCUGAGUGUCCUGCAGCCUGGAACGGCUCUGGGGCCGUCAGCGCUCGUCAAAAACACAAACCCAGCGCUCAGGAUGAACGGCGGUCUGGCUCCCGCCUCAUCAUCUUUGUCAUAGGAGGAAUCAGCUACUCAGAGAUGCGCUGCGCCUACGAGGUCACCCAGGCCGUCAAAUCCUGUGAAGUCAUCAUCGGGUCUUCCCACAUUUUGACCCCCACCAGUCUCCUCAAUGACAUCAAGGCCCUGAGCAAAGGCCCCAUGGAGACUUUUACAAUCGACGAGAGGAGCAACGCUUAAUAAGUCUGGCCUUUCAACUAACAACCUCCCCAAACUGCCUUUAUCUCAUCUCACCAAGCACAGUGCACUCAACUCCUGUAUGGAAACAAAGACCGAAGGGAAUUGACCUUUUGCUCUUCUUUAUGUUCUAGUACUAUUUUAAAACAUUCAAACAAGGAUCACAUUCACAGUAAGGUAUGAGGGAAAAUUUACUCUAGCUCGGACAUUUCAAGAAGCAACAUUUAUUCUUGGAAUGGGUUUCAAUUAAGAAUAAUGCAUUGUCGUAGCAUUUAUAGUUCAAUUCUGAUAUUUGAUCUUGUAUAGCAUUUUAAAGAUCCAGUGUGUAAGAUUUAGGGGAAUUACUGAGAAUCUAAUUUCAGAAACGGAAUAUUAAUUAUACUGUUAUUACAUUAUUGUGACAUCAUGUUUCUACAGGGGCUCUUAACCGACUUGCUUUGUCUCCCUUCUUCCAUUUUAUUGCAGAUGAUGCAACGUUUGAGUGUGCACUAGAGUGAUUAUUCUCACAACAGUAAUAGGAAAGACUAUAAAUAGGGUUUUUAGUUUCUAUGGCUACCAUUGAUAAGAAAAGGGAGUAACUUCACUGCUCAAUGUGACUAAAUAUCACACACUGAACCUUUAAAAGUCAUUUGACCUCAGCCUUAUCCAUAGCUCUGUAGGAAAAGUUGUCUAACUCACCUGUAUGUGUUUACUUGUAUCUUUAAAAAAAAAACCAAAUAAUCCCCUAUAAUAAUUCAUGAGUCAGAAUGGUGGGGCUAAUGUAUAUACUGUAUGUAAGCACUGAAUUCUUGUUUGGUCACUUUAUAUAAUUUUGAUGUGUGUUUCUAACCCAGUAUUUACUUUUCUUGAGUUGAAUUAUUGACCAAUAAAGUUGAUGAAGUAAUU